UCAAAAGUAGAUGUUUCUCCAUCGUUUACUCUCCAUAACCAACAAUCUGCGUAGAUCCUUCUCGUCACAUUCGUGCAGGUUGCAUUCCCGUCGCUGGGCACACUUAACGUCGCAUUCAAAGCCACGUACCACACGAGAUAAACAGAUUCUGCAGGAGCCGCGGAGUGGCAAAAUCGAUAAAGAGCGCCCCAGGUCUCUUUUAUUCAUUCAUACCUUCCCCAGAAUCCAACCUCGUGAACACAACGGCAGGACAGGAUUCGUGAAGUAGUUAUUUCAGCAUUCGCUUCAACUUCAUUGCGAUAAUCAGAAUGGCAAUGCCACCACAUUCCCGCGCAGGGGGGUCGUCAACGGCACAGAGAGGCGCAACUGCCGCGGCGUCGAGCAGCUCACAGACGACGACAAUUCACUCACCAUCCACACGACAACAACAUCCUGUUCUGAGGCUUCGUGGGGCAAUGAGGAGUCCUGGAGAGAGGAGCGACAGGAGGAUACAGUGGGCAGAGGAUGUGAUUGACAAUGAAGGGCUGGGAAGGAAAAGCAGCAAAGUCUGCUGCAUCUACCACCCUCCAAAAGCCUCAAUCGACGAUUCCUCCGAUGAGAGCUCUGACUCCUCCUCAUCCGACUCAGACAGCGACGACGGAGGCGCCCGCCCUGCCGGCGGCAAGAGGCGCACCAACGCUCGACACAAGCAUAACCACGACCACGACCCCAGCGGGGAGUGUCACCAUAACGGGAAGACAAAGAAGUCGCGGAGGUCACACAGUCCGAAUGCGUACGAGAAGAUUCCAAAGCCGAAAGAGAGCGGGCCAGCCUAGAUGUGAAAAAUUGUUUGUCAAUGAAGUUUUAUGAGCGACGUUUUGUAUGAAGUUGGGGGCACUGGAUAAGGCGUAUGGAUGGGGGAUAGCGUGGCGAUGUGUACAUACUUACGCUGUAUGGAGUGAUUAUCUCGGAUCUGAUUGGAAUGCUAUACAGAUAGCUUACAUAUAUGGCAAUUAUCGAUUCUCGGUGAACUCAGGAACUUGAUCAUCAGCAUUAUGAAGGUCGAAUUGCAAUAGUCACGAGUGUUGAUGCAGAAUCAGUAUCCUGUGGGGCUUCAAUUGCUUCAUAUUCAUACACCCACUACCCACAUUUAAGGGCCCUUUGCCAGCGCCUGAUCAUACAGAAUGCUCC